UGUCAGGAUACGUCAGAUGAAAAACCAUCGAGAUCGACGGUGCUUAAUUAAUUAAUUCAAGUUUGUUUUGUAAGAAUUUUAAAAUGGAUCCAUUUGCUGUUAUUGACGAAAACCCUGGCAUCAUGAAUGUUAAAGAAAUUAUUGACACGGCUUUCGGUGAUUUCGAGAAAAACACCGUGAAUUUCAAGCUUGUACAGGCAGUACUUCUAAUCCUGGCUAAACAACUAAGACUUCUAGAACGGCGGGUGGAGGUAGAGAUGGGUCCGCUUCCUUUGAUUCCUACUGGUAGUUCUCUGUCUGUAACUGAAGUCAAAAUACAUACAAUGCAGAAGAAAAAAAAGAAAACGAAAGGGGGUGAGGAUGAGGGCGACAAACGAAAGACUAAAGGCGGCAAAGGUCGUAAAGCUCAGACUGGAGGUUCAGCUCCAGACAAAAAUACUCCAGAAAAGACAUCGUCUGGAAAAUCCUCAGCUGAUAAGACUUCCUCGGGUAGAAAUGCUUAUGAGAAAACUGGAGGAGGCACUACAGAUAGGGCUGCAUCCGUCAAAUCCCCUUCAGAAAGGACUGCUUCUGCAAGGUCGGAAAAAACUACGACGGAUAAAACUUCAUCCAGCAAGUCGACAUUAGACAAAACUUCGACUGAUAAAACUUCGACGGAUAAAACUUACACUGAUAAAAAUUACACGGAUAAAACUUCCACGGAUAAAAAUUUCACGGAUAAAACUUCGUCCAGCAAGUCGACAUCAGACAAAACUUCGACUGAUAAAACUUCAUCCGCUAAAUCCACCGCGGAUAAAACUUCAACCAGCAAGUCAACUUCCGAUAAGACUACAACUAGCAAGUCAACCUCCGAUAAAACUUCAACUGGUAGAUCUACGUCCGAUAAGGCUUCCACUGAUAAAACUUCAUCCGGCGGCAAGUCCUCAUCUGAUAAAACUUCAACAGAUAAAACAUCAACGGAUAAAACAUCAACUGAUAAAACUUCAUCAGAUAAAACAUCAACGGAUAAAACUUCAUCAGAUAAAACAUCAACGGAUAAAACAUCAUCAGAUAAAACUUCAACAGAUAAAGCUUCAACAGACAAGACUUCGUCAGAUAAGACUUCAACAGACAAGACUUCCUCAGAUAAAACUUCAACUGAUAAAACGUAUUCUUCAAAAACUACGUCAUCGAGCAAAGAUAAGUCGAGCGUCAAGUCACCUACUUCAUCUGGCAAAGGUUCAAGGAAAGGGGACGCUGACAAGGCUUCUCUAAAGCGAACGCACAAAGCUGGUGGCGGCGGUGGUGGUGUUGGUGGUGGGGGUGGCAGUGCUGUGCAGCUAGGUCCUGUGGACCUGAAUCAACUGGAGGAGCAAAAGGAAAAAGUUCUGCGUAUCAUACAUCAGAGAGCUGACUCUUUCGAGGAAUCAAAUAAGACACCCACCCCAAUGGCAUCUGCUGAAUCUUUAGAGCCGCACUACGAAAAAUUACUUGUCGUUCACAGAACGCCUAGUAAGGAGUUAAGAAAGGCUCACGGGCACAUGCCGCGGAUAUCAGUUGUAACGCAAGAACAAUUUGAAGAAUUGGCAGACAUGGUCCGCCAGCUUCAACGCAAACUUUUGCCUCUCGGUACUCCGACGUUUCCGGAGCACAUUGAACUUAUGGAAGAACUUCGUAAAGGUGCUUCUCUCACCGAUGCCAUGGCGGCAUUACAACUGUCAGCUCGAUUAGAAGCGACAGAAAAAGGACUGGAACAUAUCAUUGGAAUGGUCACAGAAUUAGCUAAAAGAACGCCUGGCGUAGUUGUAGACGAAACAUUGUUUCAUUUUGGUAUCCGUCCUGAAGGAGCGAUGGCUCAUGGCGGGGCCAUUGGCGGCGGAGGCGGAUACGGCGGUGAAGGUGUAGGUGGAGGCGUAGGUUACCGGGGAGGCGGUAGUACUAGGCCUGGAAGUAGUAGUACUAGACCUGGAAGUGGUGUUCCAUCAAGCGGUGCGUCAGGGAUUAGUGGGCAUACAGGAGCCGGUGGAGUAACUGGCGGUGGAGUAGGUAGUGCCCGUGCGGGCACCCCGAACACUACGUCUGGCAGUGGUCGGGGUUCUGGUAGUGGCCGUGGAUCGGGGAGCUCCGGGAGUGGAAGUGCUGGACGUCAUGGAAAACACGGUAUUAAAUCUGGAGGUGUGAGUACUGCAACGAGCACCUUUGGUUCCGAGGCAGGCACUUACACAACUCAGCAAAGUGAUAGAAGCCCACAAAAACACUACUCGACACAUCCAAGAUCUCAAGAAGAGACAUCCGAAGCAGCAACUGAUACUACUGAAUCUAAAGAAACGGGAACAGGUCAUUCGAAAGUAACAGAUGAAUCAAAGGCUUCAAGCGAAUUUGCAAUAAAAGUGGAACACGUCACAUUCCAAGCUUUGGAUGAAGCUAUGAAUGAAUUGCACACCAGCAUAUUUAAUACAGUAACAGCGAUUACGAAACGUACUACAAAAACUGCCGAGAAUGCCUUCAAGUUAGCUUCGAGUUUAGAGGGAAAACUCGAAGCAGGUUUGGUAGCUAGUGCACGAAUGAAUACGCUAGAAGACCUUGUCGAUCAGUAUGCAGCUCAAAUUAACGCUCUAGAUACUGGUCUCUCGUCUCAGAUGACCAAUUAUCAAGAACAGUUAACACAAAUGCAGCAUGAUUUAGAAGUUGGGUUAGAAACAAUGGCUGAAGUUCUAGCUAACACAGGAGGAGAUACAGCAGCGGUUGCUGAGCUUAAUUCACAUUUUACAACUCUUCAAAUGGACUUUGACAAUAUGCUGUAUCGACAAAGAGAGUUGAAGGACUGUCUUGAAUCAAUAUCAUUUGACCUCGAAGGUCUAUGGAAACAAAUUGAAAUGUUGAGGGACAUUAAAUCUGAUCGCGAAGAAGUCGUUGAUGCCCUAAGAGACAAAGCUGGUAUAGGUGAAUUAAAUGGACUUGUAUCGUUACAUCAAUUUGAGGCAGUAAGAGGUGAUUUCGAAAAGCGCAUCGCUGCAGCUUAUGACAAAUUUAAUAACCAAGAAGUAAUUUGGCAAAAAGCCAUUGACGACCUCGUAAGGGAACUUAACGAAAAAGCGGAUAUAGUUCAAGUGGAAUCUUUGAAGAGCGAAAUCAACAAAUAUCUCAAUAUUAUGAAGGGUCGUAUGCAAUUCUUGAUUGAUAUUGUGGGAGAACCAAAAUCUGCAAUGCUUUCAAGAAAAUUAUUCAGAGACACUGCGUGUCUCUCCUGUGGGAGUCCAGCCCAUAUGGACCAUGAAGAACCCUGUGUUGUACCGGCUUUACCAAAGUUCCAUUCGGGCAGAAAACCAGCGGAAGGUGCAGAAGCUAGACUGCCUAAAGGAGAUGGUGACCAUGGAAUUUGUUAUCCUGGUUUGCCUUUACCACAUCCGAGGGAUCCAAGAUCGCACAUUUGUACGCGAUAUUGUGGAGGUUCGCAUACUUUAAUAAACGACGCACCACCCAGGCCACCUCCGGGAUUAGAUGUUGUGAAGGUCGUGAGAGAAAUUACCACGGCAGAGGGAACAGACGGAAGGAUGUAUGUGGUCGAUAACCCUGAAAAAUUUCCAUGUAAACCAUGCAACCUGAAGAAAAAUCCUCCUACGCCAACAGAGAUAAUUAAAGAUCCAACUACAGUCGAUUACGCUGACGUCACACCACCUCCAGACUCGCAAAUGACUGCAGGACUUGGAAGUGGCGAGCCUACAUUACUGCAGGAUCAAACUGUCCCAGAAUUGACAAAUUAAUCACUUGCAUUACAAAUGGAAUUUUAUAGCCAUUUUUUAUACUGUUGUUUUUUUUUUAUUAAACAGAAAUGAUCUAACA